GAUGGAUAAUAGGAAAAUAACGGAGGAAGUAACUUUUAAAUUAUGUUUACCGAAAACAGCCUCACUGCCAACAGGUGUUUGUUGCUUUGAUGGAGGGUUAAGUCUUAUCCUAACUGACAAUUUGAGAUCAACAGUUGAAUUGCUUUGUAUUGAGGACGGCAGCUUUUCAGAAAGUUUAAAUUUGGCCAGCGUAUGGGAUAUUUGUUUGAUGGGUAAUAACCUAUACUGCACUGAUCCUAAAUCGUCUACAGUUCGAAUAAUAGAUGUUGGUAAUGGUAUGCAUUUACGUAAAACUCAUAGUAGAGGCCGUCAUUUGACCGAACCUCGAGGGAUAGCAAUAGAUGAAAAUCAAAUUGCUAUUUGCGAUUCUGUCGCAUCUUGCGUCUACUUGCACGACAUCAGAAGUGAUACUGUUACUGAAGUGCUUCAUGGGAGCGUACUUGCUGAGCCUAAUUACGUUGCGGUUUCUUUACCACAUGUAUAUGUCUCUGACGCAUUUAAGAACUCCGUGUAUGCUUUCGAUGUACGCAGACUACCCAGUGUUUUGUGGACAUUUGGAGGUAGUCAAGGGGAAAAUAACGAUCAACUUGAUAAUCCCGCCGGUAUUGCUUUAACGGAAUCGACAAUUAAAGUCGCCGAUAAUAAUAACAACAGAAUAGUAAGCAUUCAAAGAGAAAAUGGCAUAUUUUUAAAUUACGAUCUGUCAUGGGAAGACGGACUCAACGAGCCACAAGCAAUUGCUAUUCAUGAUAAUAGAAUAUUUGUUACAGAAUCCACAUCGAGGAAUGUAAAAAUCCUUGAUUUUGAUAGACCUUUCGAUUAA